AUGGGCGAAGACAACCCCGCGACGACGACGAUUCAGACGACGACGACGGAAGAAGAAGAGGAAAAGUUGGACCCUCUGAAAUCGAUCAAAGAUCAGAUCGUCGCUUACGACCCGGAAGACAAAGAAGACAAAGACAAAGAAGCAGACGGGGGAAAUCCGCUGACGAAAGAGCAAGAGUCCGAAGCGUUGCCGACGUUGAAAAGCGGGCAAAAAUAUACCUGUUUUACGUGUCAAACGCAAGAUUCGUACAAGUGGUUCAAGAGUAAGAUGGAAGAGAACGUCGGGAAGGUGAUUUGUAAGAGGUGUUAUCACAAGGAGUUGGUGGAAUUGAGCGAUAAGAUUUGCGCGGCGUGCGGCACCUCGAAAACAUCCGGAUGUUGGUACCGAUCGAAGAAGGACGAUUCGAAGUGUUUGUGCCAAAAGUGCUACAAGAAAGAGGCGAGAUCGAUGGUGGAUAAGACGUGCAGAGCGUGCUCGACGACGAAGAGCAGCCAGUGGACGCGUUCGAAGAUGAUCCCGGGGGCGGAUUUGUGCACGCAGUGUUACAGGAAAGAGACGAAGAUAAGAGAAGGGAAGAUUGACAUGGAACAGUUGAAGAAGGAGGCGGGGAUUUUGGAGUUGAGGAAGAAAUCGGAUGAUGCCGAGGAGGCUGAGUCUGGGGCGAGCGAUGCAACCGCGGCUGGGGGUAUCGGAGGAAAGAGAACGCAUUUGCCGCACGAAGUCGCGCCACCUCCGCCAAAGAAGGUGAAGAAGUCGUAUUACCAAAAAAAGAGACCGGUUAUCAUCCCGGACAUCUCUCCCGAAGAUGCGGAGAAGUUGUUGCGCGCAGCGGUCAUACCAAAAACAGAGGAAGAGUUGGAGGAGGAAAAGAAAUUUCGCGAGUUGUCUUCAAAGUGUUGCGUCUGCAACUCGGAGGAUUUAGACAACAGGUGGAAAGAGAGCGUCUUGCACUUGGAAGGUAAAUUGUGCGACAUUUGCUAUUUCAAGGAGCUGUUGAUUCGAGGAGGCUUGCCGCUCGCAGCAUCUAAUUGA